UGGCGUCUUUGCGCGUCUGUAAUAUACCCGUGCAUACAGCAAUUAUCAAACUUCCUUAAAGCCAGAGUAGUCAUGGCAGAACCCAUACAGGACGUAUAAGUAGUACCCGAUAAAAACAACGAAAAGAAGUGUUUCAUCUGAAAUGGAAAUUUGCAGACUUUGAGUUAUGAGUGAAAACGAGGGGCAGAGAAAGGGGAAAACGAGUUUAAAACACUCUCCCCAGUAUCAAUCGUUGUUAUCAUACUCGGGCCAGACCUUUCGCUCGAAGAGCCGCGCGUACGCGUAUUGGUACGACCAACUUAAAACUUCGAAAGUUGGUUAUUUAAACGAAGUCUAACUUAGAGUGCGGUUUGAGGAAUCUUUGGACCUUCAGAUCUCUUCCUUACAGGGUUAAUUUAAGAAGAUAACCGCUUUUCUAGUCUACAACAUAUGCUUUGAUGAAACUGUUCACGACACAUGCUGUUUAGAUAAAAGCGUUGGGCAGACUGAAAAUGACUUAGAACGCGGUUUUUUUAAACACUGGUUAAACGCCGUUUAAAUAACCGGCCCAGAGUGUUUUGUGGUCUAGACAUUCAUUGAUACCAAUGGAGGCCCCAUUGACUGUAUUGAUUAUAUAUCGCAUAUAGAAAAAAGCUUAGAUAAUGCAGAAAAAAAAUCACUUAAGGGGUUUGUUUAUAUUUGACUCCUACACUGUUAUUGUGUAUUGUUCGGUGCCCAAAUGACAUGUACGUACAUGUAACAGAGAGAUUGAGCACUGCUCCUCAGCGCCCGCCUUCUUUUCUGUGUUUCUUGUACACCUUUUCUGACUUGGCUUUUAUACAUAAUAUUUGGCAUAAUUUUCGUCUUUUUUCCGAAAAAAGCGCUGUUAGCAUAAUUUGCACUUCUGGCUAGUUUUGCAGCACAAAAUUAUCGUUUAUUGAUCAUGCAACAAAUGAUCAGUACUACAGGCAAAUUUAAGUAACAAAAUCAAUUUUUUGUCUGCUUAUUGUCACAUUCAUGGGACCUGGGUCCCACGGGAAGUGACCCAGGACUUUUCCCAGGACUCUUUCCACAGGACACAACGCAUGCGCAUAACUAGCUCGGUUACCCAAAAUGGCGUCCGCGUGGAGGUUAUUAAUUGUUUCAGUGACUUUUAAUAGUUGUCAUACAAUGAAUUAUGCACUCUUAAAGUUUCUAGAUGUUAAUAGGGUAAAUUGCCAUAUACUUGUUUGUGACAUAGCUAUUGAGGUGUGUUUACCAAAUUUAAAGUAAAAAGUAGGAGCAUAAUUUCCGAAUUUUUUUAUAAAAUGAGCAUAAUUUACAAAAACUAACAUAAUUAUUGGUAUAAUUUUAGAAAUAUACGAGCACUGUUAGUAACAUCUUAAGCUACUUUUGCGAGCAAAAUCUAUCAAAGCCUAUUUCUGACCUUUCUGUGAUAUUUCCCAUAUUUCCCACUUGCAAAGAAACUAAAGGAGCUAUUUCAGUCCAAACUGUAUGUAUGUGUAAAUAAACAUUAGGUGCAGUUACAGGGGACACUCAGUUUACCGUGGUAAAUGACCCUUUUACCGUGAGGAAUUGGUGUAGUGCGUGUGACCGCACUAUCCCGAGAUAAAUUAACCAUGGGAAAUGUCCAAGGAUACGUCAAAAAGAAGACAGAAACCGCCCAUGACAUUUAACAAGGUAAAUAGCUGGGGUGUACCCAAGGCACAAGAACUCCAACAUGAAACUGCACAAAAACUGCAAUUGCGCGCGUUUGGCUUUAGCUUAUGACACCAAGAAAGUAAGAAUUAAAACAUUGACAAAAUAAACCAUGUUUCUGGAAGGAAAAAAAAACUAUAUUCGAUGACGGAGGCGGCUUAAACAUGUCCAAGGAAAACAAAAACUCAAUGGCUGCGUUCGAUGAGAAAUCUGGAUUGCAAUCCAACGCAAGAUCCGAAAACGGGUUUCAAAGCUAAGAUGUCUCUUCUUGGAUUUCCUUUCUUUCCCUCUUUUGGGAAAUCCGAAAAAGGAUUUGAAAAACUGUUCCUAAGAACAGCGGUCUGGCACGCGCACGCAUAAUUAGCAAAAAGAAGACCAAAAAAUAAGACAUUCACCGCCGUAGACAAAGACGGAAUCGACGAUUUUCACGAACACCUUAACAGACAGAACGCGAACAUCCAGUUCACCAAGAAGAUCGAAGAAAAUGGUAAGAUAGCUUUUCUAGACUGCUUGGUCACUCGCGACCAUAACAAACUAAAAACGACUAUUUACAGAAAAGCGACACAUACCGACCGAUUACUACCAGUCUUCCUACAACCCGACCUCUCACAAGGCUACAGUAACUACUAUCGGAACUUUGACGAGACGGGCGCAACUAGUUUGCUACUCACCUGACAGCUUACAAGACGAGACUGAUUAUCUUAACAACGUUUUUAGUAAGUACAAUUACAACACGGACUUUGUUAGACGGAACACUCACAGUAACACUGAUUCCAACACUCAGACCAACUCUGGCCCUGUUACGACAGCGACUAUCAGAGGCAUAUCACAGGCACCUCUGAAACUAUUGCACGUAUAUUACAACCUUAAAAUAUACGUGCUGCACACAAACCGAUAACCACUUUACGGCGACUGCUUACCAAUGUCAGUGACAAAGACAAAGCGGAGGAUAGACAGGGAGCAGUAUACAAGAUCAAAUGCUGCGACUGCCAGGCUUCUUACAUUGGUGAAACCGGCAGAAACCUAAGCACGCGACUGACCGAACACAAACGAGCGACGAUGGUGACGUGAACAAUCACAUUGCUGAGUACCAGUUACAGACGAAACAUCGAAUUGACAGGGACUCUGCGACAUGUAUAACGUAUUCUACAGACUACUAUCAACGUCUUACUUUAGAAAGCUGGUUUACUAACUUAGAAAAACGCCACUGAAUCGUAGCCAACAGUUACCAGCGCCGUACAAACGACUUAUUGACGAGAUCAAGCAAAACUAACCGCGAGAAAACGACUGGAGAACUGACAAUUUGACUCAGAAUAGACGACUGUUUAACUGUGACAACAGACGAAUCGAAACGCACCAAUUACUGAUUACGAGUCUUCAUAGCCAAUAACAUGACGGCUUAACUGAAAGACGACCAAUAACAUCGCAACGUAAUUGACCAAUCACACCAAUAACCAGAGUAUAAUACCAUCAACUGACGUGAUACAACUCACCUCGACUCUGAAGAUGACUACUGCACAGGUUGUCGAAACGUCAGUCACUGUCAACAACAACAGCAGUCCUAUUCACGACUACGUUCACCCGGACGAUCAAACUCAACGUACUUUUGAAAUGAAACCUGGGUUCGAACCGUUCACAAAAAGAAGACCACUGUUCACAAGAAUAGUUUUGCAAAUCCCCAAUCGAACGGUAAAAUGAAAUCCAUGAAAUCCGGAUUUGGAUUUCUGAAUUGAAAUCUACCAUGAGGACGGAUUUCUUAGAAGUGAAAUCCGUUUUCAAAAUCUAAAUCCGGAUUUCCCAAUCGAACGCAACCAAUAUAAUACAUGUAGUGACUUGCAAACGAACGCAACAACUCCCAACAUUGUUGGUUGCGUCUUUUUGCACGUAGCUUAACAAAUGAGUUGCCUUUCGAAAGAAGCAAAAAUGACUGAAUAAAUGAAUGAUAACUUUAUUUAUACACGGUUAAAAACAUCAGUCUAACAUAGAAAAUUAAUAAAAAAUUCUCAAAAACUGUUUUACAUAUUUGCCGUGUGGGAGUACUGAUCAGAAAACCAUCUAUGGGAACUUCUCUUAAAGAGACCUGAGGAAUUUGAUGUACGCAUUUCCUCAGGAAGAUUCUUCCAUAGAAAAGCGCCACUGUAACUGAAGCUAAGCUUCAGGUAAUCAGUUCUUGGUUUUGGGAGCAUUAAUUUUUUCUUCGCGUUGGGAAAAUAAUAAUUCGGUGUUCUUGGGGCAAACAAAUUACAGAGAUAAGCUGUGGCGAGAUUAUUAAUGCACUUGUACAUUAAAUUAGCCUUUUGUUUAGCCCUUCGAACCGAUAAAUUGUCCCAACCAAGCGAGUUAAGAAGAAAUCUGGAACUAGUAUUAUAGCUAGAUUUGGUGAUAACUCUGAUAGCACGAUUUUGAAGUUUUUGAAGUUUCUCACUAAGCUGUUGGGUCAAGCAAUCCCAUACAGCGCUGCAAAUAUCGAAGUGUGGCUCGAUAAGACGUUUGUAUAUGUUAAUUGCAGUGUGCAUUGAAACAAAUGGCCUGGCCCGCUUAAGAGCACCUAUACUAGAGGAUACUAUUUUAGAGAUUUCAUGAAUGAUACGAAAUGAAAUAUAUUUACGUGUUGUCUUCGGAGAGUGGGUAUGUGUAUUACUCGCAUAUCACUGAAGUAUGUGCUUCUGUUAUGAGAAUAGUUGUAUAAUGUCAUUCAACCAAAAAGGAACCGAUUUAUGCCCUUUAGGCUUGUUAUUUUCGCGUGGGUGUUUUGCUUCUUUAUGUUCUCUGUGUUAGUGUAUCGUUGAAACUUCGCUUUGCUAAACCGUGGAAAAAUUAGCACUGGAAAUGUUCUGCCUUUCUUAGUUUUCGUAAAAAACACUGCUAGAAUUUUAUCUUCCUCAAGGCAAUUUACUGCUCAGAAAAUUUAACUUCUACACACAAAAACGUACCAGUGACGCUCUUCGUUUUUAUUUCAUAGCAUGAUUCUAAAGUUAAAUUUGUAGCUCUAAAUGAGGUUUUUCACAUCUGCUGCGAAAAUAAAAAUUCCGCAAAACUAAUAGAAAAGGUUAACGUUGCUGUUAAACCCAGAAAAGGCGCAAGCUCUUCUGAAUGUACGGAUGUGUUGUGUUUAAAUUCAUCCUCUUUUUCAAACUCAUUAUCAUACCAAAAAACAAAGCAAUAGUAAGCAGACCUCUGAUUCAAUAUUAUUCCCGCCGUUUCACCGUGCUUGUAUGGCUAAAUUUCUUCACUUGGAGUUGGACAUCAAGACAACUGAAAUGUUCCCUGAAAAUAUGAUUUAUUCCUCUGUUGUGAGCUUAUCUUAAGCCACACGUGUUGCCGCUUUAACUACCGCCAGUGUCACUCCGUUAUCUAUAACCGGACGCCAAAGAUGAAAUGCGACAAAAUCUCGUCCUUGAAGGAAUUAAGUUACCAUUGGACCAUGGUCGGGUUCAAAUACUGCCUAUCGUAAUAAAGCAAAAGUGAAUAGAAUGCCUUAGCCACGAAGCGAAUAUUUUAAAAAAAAUGUUUCAUAAGGAGACGGCGACAACUGGCGACUAACUGCGCGAGAACGUCUUUCUCUAAUUUCUUGGCUAGGCAGAAACACAAAAGGUCUGAGCCAAAACACAAUAUCCCGUAAAACAUUUUGUAAAGAACGCAAACCAAAUGCGUUUAAAAGCAUCCGAUUCAUCGUUUAUAAACACACAGCGAAUUUAUCCAAGUCACGAAAUUAUUAACUUAUUUAGGCCGGAAACUCCUUACAACACCUGCCAACAGCAAAUCUCUUGCGGUGAAUGUGAAUCAAGCGAAUUUCAUUUAUCUUCAGUUUUCCUUUCGGUAGCAGCCUGUUGUUUUUGUCAGUAUCUUUAUGAUUUGAAGGCGUCGAGAAUAUUAAACCAAUGACAUCUAGAGGCUAAAAAAAGUUAAAAAUACAAAAUACCGCCUCCGCAAUGACGUAUAACAUAAAUGCGUUUGGAAUAACGUUAAACCCAUUAAGCGAAAAGACAUUGUUUAUUAAGAACUUUUCCAUAUAUAAACUGUAUAAGGACCGAAGCAGCCUUGAGCGAAAGCUGUAGCACGAAAAACACACGAUAAAUACCUAGAGGUUGAACUUCACAAGCGAAUGAAUAUUUUUGCCCUUCGAAAUAACGAAGCCAAUCAAAGGUUAGAGCUGCUCUGUCGAUUUUAAUCAUGUUCAAUUGUAUCCUAGUAUCAGGUACACGAAAUGUGCUAAGUAAACCUAAAUAUUCCAGGCGUUUUUGCAAUUUACACUGAGGAAAGUCUCCUUGAUAGUAUCAUAAAUUAACUAGCGUAAAUUAAUAAUAUAAUUUCAACGGAUUUGACCGUGACUGAAAACUCCUUCGUUGAUAUAAACUACUCAUGUUCGAAUAGUUUUUGAUAUUUAUUCCCUAUGGAUCGCUUAUCGAAAUAGAGAAACUAUAUUCAAGACAUUUUUGACAAUUAAAUCCUUUUAAAGAGUUGACACAAAAAUAAAGAUUUUUGGAAAUCAAGACCGCGAGUACAACGAAGAAAAUUUGAAAAUUUUUUACAUCCCGAAUUCGAUCAAGAAAGACUGUGAACGAUGAUUUUAGGUGAAGAUAAAAGUCGUUAAAAAACGAAAAUGAAAAUUAAAUGAGAUAAUAAAACCACAAAAACGACAAAAUGGAAAAUAUACAAAUUACAGGAACGAUAUUAGUUAAGAUCUCCAUGUUUUCGUACCUUUGAGUAUUCUUUUAUUUUUCAACUAGGCUGAAACAUUGUAGAUAUUUCUCAAUUAUUAAAAAAAAAACACGCACAGGUGUUAGUAAACGAAUAAAGAUAAAACAACGCUGACACAUUUGGUCGGCCUUUUUGCUUGCCGGACAGAAUCCUAAACUUACUGACUUUAAAAUGUCUAAUAAAAUACACAAGAUGCGGAGGAAGAGAGAAAGGUGCAAUUGUUCUUGUUAACUCGCGCCUCUGAAAGACAAUUAUUUCAACGUACACUGAAGAGAGCUCGCUUGCAUUUGUAUCUUUUUGUCAUACUUUACGUUAGCAGUGGUGAGACAGUGGAAUAAAACAAAUGCUACUUAUACCUAAAUCAAUUAUUCCAAAUUAUAAUUUGCCUGAAGGUAAAUAAAACCUUGGUUACAAAAUAAUCCAUCAGUACAAUUAUUUUUCAUUCUCGAGCAGAUUUUAAAACAAUCUGAUUUGUUGCAAGACAGGUUUGAUGUGGGUGGUAAAACGCGCAACAUCGCUAUUCAAAUUGUUUUGCAGCAGCAGUGCAAAACAAGUUGCACGUUUUUGCUGCCCGUUUUUUCUUACCUUUACUAAUUUGUUCGAAUUUUUUGUUGGACACAACGUUUGCAUCAGCUACUGAGUUUAGUGAAGAAUUAAAAAUCAGUAACUUGCUUAUUCUACGACUUACGUUUGUUUUUUUUUUUCUUCUCUAGUCUCAAUUCAAGGGGAAGAGCACAUUAAAACAAAGAUGGCAAAUACAAAACAGUUUCUUUCAGUACCCCUGACAAGAAAAUACGGCAGCAUGCCCUUGCUGGUUCCGCAGAAAUCGGUGAUAUCCCUGGAGUAUAAAGAAAAGGGAUCUAUUCCUCGCAGGGGCACUUUCGGCGGCUCCGAGGCUCUAAAGACAAGGAACAUAGAACAUGACGUCAAGGAAAUCCAGGAAGUACAACCAGUCACAAGAUUACCGGAAACCUUUAUAGCUAAACCUGUACAAAGUUCCAUAAGUUAUCGGCGAGAAAUUGCCUACCGAAGUCCGUUACUAGAGCGCAGGCAAAGUAUGGGAGCGAUGAAAACGCCAACUCUAGAAAAGAAGGCCCCUGGUACAAGCCAGCCGCGGCUACAGGAAAAUAAAAAGGUUAAGGAGAGCCGACAGUCAGAGCGGAUAAGUGAAACUUCAGCCCUUCACGAUAGACAUAAUGGUGUGAACGUAAUUAAUGUCAAGGCCAACACGAGAGUGCAGACUCAUGAACAAGGUAACGGUUUUUAUAAAAGACAAGAGACAAGGGGUGUCAAGUCUAAAAAGAAGCAGUUAUCAAGAAAGAAAGACAAUCCUGACGAGACAGCUAUAACAAGAAAAAAUGAUGGAAAAUCGUCCGAAGUAGUCUCCCUGGAAAGAGAAUCUCACUUUCAGGACUACAGGCAAAAAUGCGUUCAGUGGCUGAAAUCAUUACCGGACACUGAAAUGCCGCAGCCUACAACCUUACGCUAA